GUUCAAGAUAGUGUCAGUGUCUGCGGCGUUCGGGGCCCUUCUGGCUGUGGCCCUGUCGCCAGCCUUCCUCAGAUGGCUGCACCAAACCCUGGGCUCCAGGGGCCCUGUGGUGCUGCCCGAUGACACGGUGGUGGAUGUUGCCAUUGUGCUGGGGUAUGCAUUAUUCAGGAAUGGGACGCCAACGGAGCCGCUGAAGGGCCGUGUGCGCGAGGGUGUGGAGCUCUACAUGCGGGGACGUGCACGCAACCUGCUGUUCAGCGGUGCGCACCCGGGCGGUGUGGUCAUGAAGCGGAGUGAGGCCAACGUGAUGCGGGAGUGCGCGGAGGGCGUGCUGAGAGACAGCCGGGCAGGAGGCGGCGCACAGGGGCUGCUGGCGGCGCAGCGGUGGUUUGAGGAGGACCAGUCGACCAGCACAUGGGAGAACGCGGUUUUCAGCCUUCGCAUAUGCCGGCAAAAGGGGUGGCGGAGUGUGGCGGUGGUGACCAGCCCCUUCCACCAGAUCCGCUCUGAGAUGGUGUUCAGGCGGUUGCUCAGAGACGCAGAGGCGGCUUCAGCCGAAGAAGCCGCCAGUGUCGCCAAUGGCGAGCCGCCGCCGCCAAUCAAGCUGUACAUGGCCACCGCCUCGUACACACCGCACGUGGGCUGGUACGCCGCCCCGCUGGACCGACUGGUGGAUGCGUGGGACUGGGCACGUGAGGUGGCGGCGCUGGUAUACUACGCCGCGCAAGACCGGCUGUAGCAGUGGCGCUACAGUGGUGCAGGGAUACCGUACUGCGCGUAGGGGUGGUGGCGAGCAGGGGCGCUAUGCUCCAACCGCCUGGCGGCAAGGGAUGCUCGGUUGUACCGCAGUUCAAAAGCCCCUGGCACUGCGUGAAGGGUAGCAAGCCUAGCAUUGGACUUGUUUGUGGUACGGUACAAGUCUGAUGGCGUGUGCUUGCUGUAGAAUGACAAUUGGCUCUAGUGACCGGCGCUGCCUGCGGACUACACGGAACACACUGAUGGCUGCGUUGUGCCCUCACAACACGCUUUGCGCUGAGGGGUCUUGCAUCGUAAAAGGAAGGGGCCUCGACUGCUCUACCGUACGGUUUGUGGAUCGCAGGAUUAAGAUUGCCGUCCAGAUUGAGACGUCGAAAUGACUCCAUGGCAACGCACAUUUCCAACUGAGGUAGCCUGUUACACUCCA